UGCGAUUAAUGUUACAGGCCGUUCCUAAGCAACAUGGGUGGCAUAGCGCCUGGUCUUCCAUCUUCGGCGAUGCCGGCGGAUAAACCACUGCGCUUCACGGACUCGCCGCAGCAUUACACGAGCAGUAUAACGGGCUCUAACGCUCCGACACCGAGCCCAAGAAGAAAGAGCAGCAGCAGCACCAGCAACGAGGAUGCUUAUUCGCACGACGCGGCCCGUGUCGAUCCUCGGAUGGAGAGGGUGCCGACAAUAUACAUGGGCAACGUCGCCCCAUUUCCGGAUUACGGACCACCAGUGUAUUCCGUCGUUCCAUCGGAGUAUUAUCGGCCCCCUGAUCCGUAUUUUGUACCUACGGAGUAUCACGAUCGGAUGCUCGAGUGUCCCGAAUUCCCGCAUGCAUACGACAAUCCGAGUAGUAUAAAUAGUCCGGCAAGACCAGUGUCCUCCAGACUUUUGCCUUACACGCAUCACCGCACCUCGUCGAACGUCUCCAACGCGAGCACGUCGAGCCAGAGCAAUGUCAAUCCGACGUUCCGACUGGAGGACGAGGACGAUUACGGCGUGUAUUCGCCUGUACCGUAUUACCAGCGACCAUCAAACGUUAUUUCUAGCUUGGUGUCGACAUACGGCACGAGUAUACUCAAUCACGAGUACGGUUCGCCGUUGCUGACCCGUCAGAAUUCGCAUUCUGAUUCCAAUUCGAACUCAGGUGAGCGACCGAGCAACCUGGAGGUGGUCACGCGGCUGCGCUCGAGCCUGAAGCGAUCCAGUUACAGCAGCAAUCCAUACAGCUCGCCGAGCAAGAGCGUGAGCAAGAACAAUUCUGGCUCGGGGACACCGACGAAUCCGACGCCGCCGGAUUCGCUCACGUCCGAGGACUCGAGCUACGUCUCCGCCAAAGACAGCCAGAUCUCCAUCAGUCGCGUACGCUUUUCGCCAGUGACGUUCGAUCGUGACGUCGCAUCGGCGCGUGACAUUCACGUAAGGGACACGCUGCUGGACAUUCCGGUGCAUGGUCAGAGCCAAGAUGUCACAGUGCCGUUACAGGCCAAUCGACGUCUCAAUAGAAGCAGGAAGCCGAGCAUCUCAGAGCUCGAGAGGGAAUUCUUGUCAUAGCACUGGCUUAUUUAAAAUCGCGCGGCUCUCACUUAUCUAGGUAGAAUCUGGAGUGUCGGGUUCGUCGAUGCUUCAUCUAUUUAUCGAGAUCUCUAGCGAAUCGAUCUCUUUAUACAAUCCUCAGUUAUACAAUCGCGAUUAAGAUCGCAAAAUCCGAUCUUAUAAUCUGCGAUCCGAUUGAUAGAAAAAAUUUUCGAAACGAAUUGCACGUUGUUGAAGCACUGCCUCCCGCGGACGAUUUUCAUCAGUACAUUAAUAAAUCCGGGAAUUAACAUUCCAUAUAACACAUGUACAAUCCAAUGAAAUUCGUAAUGUAAUAGACGGUUAGAUGAUUUUUAAUUUGAUAACGUAAUGAUAUUUAAUAUACAUGUCGCGUAUAAAGAAAUAUACACACCACGAGUGAAGAUUGCAUUCAAAUUGCAUACUCUAUUAUUCCGAAAGUAAGUAUUUUUUCUCUGCAAAAUACUGCAGGAAUGUAUCAUUAUCAAUUCCAAUUGUUAAGAAUUAAUUCCUUAUCUGGAAUUGACUGGCUCUCUCCGGUGAUCGACUCGCAAAGAAUUCCGCGAUUAAUAAUUUAUGGCUGAUACAAUAGUGGAACAUCAUGUGUACCAAUAUUGUUUAUCGAUAUGAUAAUUAAUAUAUAACAACAUAUACUGUUAAAUAAUAAUUAUCAUGCAUUAUCAUUCGCGUGGCUAAAUCUCUGUGUGUUUAUGCAGUUUGAUAUUCUUUGUGAUUUAUUGAGACAUUCCGGAAACGUUAUCACGUUUAUAUAAUAAUCAACGUUUUAACGAUAUGCGUAUAUUUGAAAAUGCAAAGAGGAAAAGGGAUAUAUGACUGCGGAAGAGAAGAAUUAUCGAGGAUGUGUAAACGUGUGUGUGUAACAUGCAAUUCCAUUACGUUAGUAAGAUUAAAGAGGAGAUAUUUCUUCUCUUCGAUAACUAUCGCAUCAUUCGAUCGUAUCUCGGCCCAAAACGAAACUUAUAAGUUCUCGUAUUUGUAGCACGAAGUUUUACGUUCGUAUAUUCCUUGUAACGAAACUUUUAGUGAUAUUUGGCUCGGUGCGAAUACGAAACAUUCCAGAGAAACUUGUCCGAACGGAUAGAACUGCUCUACGCAAUGUGGAAUUAACAUUUUGUCAGAUCUUGAAUCGGAUUUAAAUAUUAUAAAGUUACUUUUCCUAUAGUUCGUGAUAAAUGCCAAUAGAGUGAAUGUCAAUUCCGCAUUGUUUAUACCAAUUAGAAUGAGAUCAGUAUUUCUUUGCGUACUUAAAUCAGAUAAUGCAUUGCGCGUAUCUCUAUUGGUUUCAGCAGAAUUUGUCUUAUAGUACUGUCGAUAGAGAAUCUCAUGAAAAAUUGCAUAAAUUUUGUGCAACUUGAACGAGCAAUUCAUGUUAAAUUGUACACGCAUCGGCAGCUCGAUUAUUGUACAUUAAUAGAAAUGUAUAAGAUUGUUAGAUGGAUAAUCGAUAGUUGUCGAAUUAAAAAACAAUCACUAUUUAUAUAAUUAUCUAAUUUUAUGUACUUUACAAGAGAUACGGACAGCUGCAAAGUAUUAGUUGUAGUAUUAUGUACUUAGCUGACUUUUUCCCCGCGAUAUUAUGUGUAUUAAUCUACAGUAUUUCCGACAUAAUCUCUCCUUUUUAUCGCAAUCAGUGUAACUAGUCAUUUAUAAUUGUAUUUGAAGUUGUACCAUUGUUUUUUAGCGAUACAAUUCCGUUUUCCUUCAUUUCGGAAAAUGAAAGAUAAUUAAAUUAAAUAAAAUUCCGAAAAAUUAUUUCUAAAUUCCAAAAAUCGUUAAAUUAGACAAAAAUUCUCACUUUUUAAUUAAUUUUUAAAAAUAAAUUUGUAUCUAUUCAGUUUUAAAGAUUUAUAUAUGCCGAAAGGGAGCAAAACGAUGCUGUAUCGCUAUUAAAAUAGCGUUUCUGCUCAAUGAUACGUUCUGUUGCAAUGCACAAUUGGAUAUGUACACGAUUAUACAUCCAUUCACGGGUACUUCCAUCUCUUACUUAGGACGAUCGACAAAGCAUAUGAUCGAUAAGUAAAGCUUACGAAAGACAUGUAUAGUAUAGCAGUUUUCACACAAUGUUUACGUGAAUUAUCGUCGGACGUGAUUCAGUAGUGAUGCGCUCUGCGCAGCUGUCACGCUCCUUUUGUACCUUACGAAACAGUACGCCUCUUUAUAAACAAUUUGCGUGUCUGUAGAAAGUAUCCAAAGUGUGUAAGUAAGAAAAUACAAUAAUGCAGCUGCGCAAAACGCGAGAUGUAUAUUCGUAGGGAUCAUUUUAGAAUAAAGAUCCCUCUUUCUUUCUCUCUCUUUUUUUCGCGCACGAUAUACGUAUAGAAGUAAGGAUCAUAUUAAUACUCUUUAAUGACGUAGCGACUCUACUCUUACAUUCCUUAUACGUUCACGCAUCUUUCACGAUAUUCACGAUAUUUUUCAGAAAGAUAUAAGUCGGAUUUGUAUUUUUCGUAGAUAUCCUUGCGUCGCACCAAUAUAAGCGUUUCUAUUUAGCGUACUAUUCAAGCGUGAUAUUGGUGUCUCUGCUACCUUCUUUUAAUUGAAAUUAUUCAGGGAGAUGUUGAGGAACGCUCAUGUAUCCCGUAACCAUAAAGCAUACUUUAUGUGUCCCGAAUGUACAUAUAUGAUCGCUGAAUAUGAAUUGAACUGAAAGAAUGAAUUAAAAUACGCGAUGCACGUAUAAUUUUAAUUUAUCGAUACACACUACGAUAAAAUAGGGAAUGAUCGAAUUCACUUUAAAUCUGUAAAAUCAAAGCUACUUGCAUUGUCUCUACGUCGUGUUCGAAGAAAUCAAAACAUCCUGUUUGUAUCAUGUUAAUCUCAUGUAGCGUGUUAUGCACGAAAAGUCACGAAUUAAUAUUUUCUCUUAUCGUCGUAAAAAAGCCACUCUUCAUUUACACUGUUUUCUUGAAUGACAAUCAUCAGUAUUGUAGAUGUGAUUCAAAAGACAAAGAUUUAUACUCAUGUCUUUUUUAGAAAAACGUGAACCCGACAUCGAAUUUGGCAAUAUUACACAAUAAAAUGCAAAUUUUUGUCUCGUCUUUGCUUUUUACGUGAAAUGUCAAAAAGCGUUUAGAGUUAUCUGCUUUUUGUACACCGAUUAUUUUUCUCGCGACACAUUUAAUGGGUAUAUACCUUUCUACGUUAUGCGAAGGUAUUCUGCGGUGCUAAUAUCACGUACUUAAAUAAAAGCGACACAUAGAAAUUCAAAAUGCUUCCAUGGUAAUGGAGAGAAAGAGAGAGUGAAAGAGAAAUAUUUGGCAAAAUGUUGGAAAAAGUGCGAAUAUCGAGAGAAUAAUUGUUCAUAUAUUAUAGUAAUUAUGUAAUUUAUAAUUGUACGAGGAUAUAUAUAAAACAUUCGCGGCAGCUAUUGAUUGUGUAAUGGCGUAUCGCCGACAGUGCUAGUCUAAGCUAUAUUUAUUUUUUAUAUAUAUGACAACAAAACACCUUAGCCUAUAGAGAUUAAGGGAAGAUGAGAAUCCGAUUUUAUACUUUAUUAGAGAGCAUUUACGCGGAAUAUGUUUGAAUCGUUGGACAGAACGUGUAUAAUAGAAACGUGUGUUCAGAAUAAUUCUAUAUAGAGAUAAACCACGUUGUAUCAUAUCAAGUGAAACUUGAAGUCUCUUUAUAUAUAUUAUCAGUCUACAAAUAUAUAUACAUAUAUACAUAUACAUCUCUGUAAAGAAAACUCAAUAAAUUUAUCGUGUAUCGUU